AUGCAUAGCACUUGGAGUGUAAUGUACUUUCAAAACUUAGCAAUCAUUGCCUUCUCUUUUUCAGGACAGAUGCGCCAUAUUCUAGCCCGUUGGCCAACGCUUCUCCAUGUAGUCAGAUCUGUUUUGGUCUCCCGUUAUCACUCCAUAGCAUUACAAUUCAAAGGGAAGGCACACACAACUGAACAAUCCCUUGUGCCCUUGAUUGGACUGGAAAUUCACGCGCAACUUUCAAGUCAGACAAAGUUAUUCUCCCGCACUCCGUAUAGCUUCGGAGCGCCCCCGAAUACCCAACUGGAUCUGCUGGAUGCUGCUAUACCGGGAAGUUUACCGAGGUUGAAUCGAAGAUGUGUGGAGAAGGCAAUACUUAUUGCUUUGGCGCUCCAAUGUCGUGUUAACUUGACUUCUCAGUUCGAUCGGAAACACUACUUUUAUUCCGAUUCGCCCGCGGGCUACCAGAUCACCCAGUAUUGGCAACCCGUAGCUCAGGACGGCUAUCUAGAUUACUUAUGGUAUCUGCCUGAUUCAACGGAUGAAGCUGAAAAGUGCGUAGCCACAAAAGUUGUGCGGAAUGACAAUGGGGACCCCUAUCUACUGUCUCGUGCGCGAAUCAGACGUAUCCAACUGGAGCAAGAUACAGGAAAGAGCUUACACGAUGUGAGUCGUGGACGCAGCCUAAUUGAUCUGAAUAGAUCAGGUGUUGGCCUGGUGGAGAUUGUGACUGAACCAGAUUUCACUCACUCUGCUCAGGCUUCAGCUUUCCUUAAUGAGCUGGCCAUUGUCCUUUCCUUUUUGGGUGCGUGUAAUGCAAAUGCAUCUCUUGGUGAAUUGCGCGUGGACGUGAACGUGUCCGUUGGGCCUACUUUAUCGCAUCAGUAUCCGCGGACGGAGGUGAAGAACGUGAACAGCAUACGGGCGGUUGCUCGGGCUAUUGAAUUUGAAAUCGAUCGCCAGGUUGACUUGAUACGAUCAGGAGAGGAAGUCACCAACGAAACGAGGUCAUUUGAUGCUACUACCGAAUCAACUCUUCCUAUGCGGGAUAAAGAGGUGAUCCAGGACUAUAGGUAUCUUCCCGAACCGAAUCUCCCCCUCCUACGUCUUCGCUCAAAGUGUGGUCGCUGCUCGGGCGAAGUUCAUGUAGCGCUACACAACUCUUCCGGUGCAACAUUGUGUUUAGGCUGUCAAGUCCAACAGUUUCACGGUAUUCUACAGUCAACGAAACACUCAGAACUACCGAAUGCUUCAAAGAGGCGAUUACUCCUUGACUAUUCGCUUUCACCGGACCGUGCUACGGUCCUGGUAGAGAAUCCUGUCUACCUUGAACUGUAUGAAUCUUGCCUUUCAAUUCUGUUGAGCAGCGAAGCAUCCGAUCGAAUGCCAGGUGUCGCCACGACAAAAAUCUAUCAUGAAUUGGCCUACUGGAUUUGCGGUACCCUGCAUGGAAUGGCCAAACGUGGUGAAGUUGUUCACUUACCAGAACCGAAGCUACUUUGCGAAUUUGUGGAGCUCACAAUCACCGGAGAGUUGUUCGGCAAAUCUGCUGAGAAGUUUUUGUCGACCUUGGUGACUGCCGAACAGCUGGCUGAUUUAUCCUGUCGUCAGCUUGCUUUGAGAUGCGGUUUGAUUUUGGUUUGUGAUCCGGACCAGAUGCGACCCAGUUGUGAAUUGCUGUUGCGAGAUAAUCCUAAGCUGGUUAAUCUUUAUCGCACUGGUGGGAAAGAGAGAAAAGCCCUCAAACGGCUUAUAAAUACGUUGUUCUCGGAUCCAAGAUACGGAGCGGACAAAUUUAAUCCCUCCGUGGUCGAAAGUGUUAUGAGGGAUUUACUUUCAGCCAUGUGAAACGGUUUCCUGGAUUAUUCCCGGCUCUUUUUGUAAUCUUCGUUCUUGGCAUUGUCAGACAGGCACCAUUUUUCCUUAUAUGUAUAUAUGUAUAUGAUACAUGAGAACACUACCGCUAAUCGAAACGCAUUAGUUGUCGUAUUUUCCACCCGACUCUGGCCAUUUAUAGCGGAAUGUCCCUGCGGUGCUGGCACACUUCAACUUCGCAUUCUGGCAAAACGAACCAUCCCGCGGUCACACUUGUCAGUCGAUUGCCAAUCCCUUCAGUAGUUAGCUUGCCGGUCCUCAGUAACUACUGAUUUCAGCGGAUCCUCCCUUUCUACGCGUUCGCACAGAAGGUUAUAUUCGCUGGCAAUGUUCGUGUUUAUCCAUACCGCCGGUGUGUGGCAAUAAGUUUGCAACGGGAGCUUUGCACUAAAUCCACACUUUUACGGUUUGAUGUCCAGUCCCAAUCAACACGUGAAACUUCAAGCUGUUCACGGUUUUUCGUAGAAAUAACGGUUUAUCGUAUUUACCUUUCACUAAAGUGGGCCUAUUAUCUAUCAAUACUGUACAAGAAAACGAGUUGGAUCGACUCCAUGAAUUCUUAGUGAAUUAUCAAGUAAUCUGCAGUUACAAACCAAAUGAACUGGGAAUACAAUACAAAAUGUUCGCGUUUCAUUACGAAAUAUAAGCGUUA